UUGCUGUAAAAUUUGAAAACGAAGACUUCCUCCCGCCUGCCUGUAAAGAAGAAGAAGCUAGACGUCGAAGCUGAUCACAAUGGCGCAACGAGGGUUCCCACCAGUCCCCUCUGUUGCCACCGUGCCGGCCCUGCUGCUGCUCGCAUUCCUAACGUCGGCUAUUCAUGUACAAGCUGCAUCUCCGGAACCGGGUACGGUGAAGCUCUUGGGUUUCACUUACGCAGGUGAUGGCUGCCCGCCAGGGUCUGCGCAGGGGGCAGUAUCGGAUGACGGAGAAGCGAUCACUAUGAUGAUCAGCCAGUACACUGCGUCGCCAGACCCUCCCUUGCAUGCUGUGAGGAAGAGUUGCGCGGUGACGGUCAAACUGAGUUAUCCGCCAGGUUUCCGCUUCCACUUGGGGACGGUCACCAUUCGCGGGUACGCCAAGCUGGACGCGGGCAUGACAGCGAUCGCCGCGACCAGUUACUAUAUCUCCGGGACACCAGGGACGGCUCGAGCCAGCCGUGUCAUCGCCGGCCCUUUCGAUGCUGAAUUCGAGUUCACGGACAGGUUCAAUGUGCUGCUAUACAGCGAGUGCAACGUCGUCAGAGACCUCAACCUCAGAUCCGAAGUGCGGCUGGCUGCUGGACUCGUCACCGGGGGCGAUGAAGACGAUCCCAAGCUAACGCAGGAGUUCGCCAUCAUCUGGGAGUCGUGCUAAGCUCCGGGCGGCGAUCCAACAUCGUCAGCUUUGCAGCUUGCCAGC